UGUGACAUCAUGGGAACAGAGGUGGUUUAUUUAAGACCAGCCAGCGUGUGUCCAGGGAGCUGCCCCAGGACAGAAACCUCCCAAGACAGCAGUCACCAUCAAAAACACAGGUGAAGCUGUGAGCUCUUUGCUUUUCUAUCCGGGUCACUGUGGAUGGCGUCCGAGGUCUUGUUGGAGCUCCAGCCCUCUAACCGAAGCCUGCAGGCCCCUGCCAACAUUACCUCCUGCGAGAGUGCCCUAGAAGACUGGGACCUGCUGUAUCGGGUGCUGCCAGGGUUCGUCAUCACUAUCUGCUUCUUUGGCCUCUUGGGGAACCUUUUAGUCUUGUCCUUCUUCCUUUUGCCUUGGCGACAGUGGUGGUGGCAGCAACGACAGAGGCAGCAGCGCUUAACCAUAGCGGAAAUCUACCUGGCUAACUUGGCGGCUUCCGAUCUGGUGUUUGUCCUGGGCCUGCCCUUCUGGGCAGAGAACAUCGGGAACCGUUUCAACUGGCCCUUCGGAACUGACCUCUGCCGGGUGGUCAGCGGGGUCAUCAAGGCCAACCUGUUUGUCAGCAUCUUCCUGGUGGUGGCUAUCAGUCAGGACCGCUACAGGCUCCUGGUAUACCCCAUGACCAGCUGGGGGUACCGGCGGCGACGGCAAGCCCAAGCUACGUGCCUGCUCAUCUGGGUAGCCGGGGGUCUCUUGAGCAUCCCCACAUUCCUUCUACGCUCUGUUAAAGUCGUCCCCGAUCUGAACGUCUCUGCCUGCAUCCUGCUUUUCCCCCACGAGGCUUGGCACUUUGCAAGGAUGGUGGAGUUGAACGUUUUGGGUUUCCUCCUCCCCGUGACUGCUAUCAUCUUCUUCAACUAUCACAUCCUGGCCUCCCUGAGAGGACAGAAGGAGGCCAGCAGGACUAGGUGUGGGGGUCCCAAGGGCAGCAAGACGACGGGGCUGAUCCUCACACUGGUAGCCUCCUUCCUGGUCUGCUGGUGCCCUUACCACUUCUUCGCUUUCCUGGAUUUCCUGGUCCAGGUAAGAGUGAUCCAGGACUGCUCCUGGAAGGAGAUCACAGACCUGGGCCUGCAGCUCGCCAACUUCUUUGCCUUUGUCAACAGCUGCUUGAACCCACUGAUUUAUGUCUUCGCAGGCCGGCUCCUUAAGACCAGGGUUCUGGGGACUUUAUAAAUGAUGCAACCGAGAAGCCUCAUGCCCAUGUGGCCCAACAGGAAGGGACUCUUCCAAUUAUCCUGCUGGAAUUCAAACAGCAGGGAGCCAAGAAGCCUGGCUUCUUGACCAACCAUCUCUGGUAUCAUAAAGACCAUCUGGUCAGCUGACCCACAGCCCACAAAGAUACCCAGGGAAAGUUAUUAGCAGGGUAGUCGGGACCUUGAAGGGCAAUUACUAGGGCUCUGGAGAUUAGGCUGAUCCUGAAGUUUUUCGGGACAGAGGGAGAAGCAUAGCCACAGCGGUUCUUUUAAGAGGGGAUUUAGGAGGGCUGGAAUGCAUGUGGACAGAAGCAGAGGUCAGAGUGUGGUGAGGAAGGCGCCACCAGCCGAGGACAGCAGGCACCCUGAGAGGCUGGAAAAGAAAGAACACAGGCAGACAUCCUCUCUGAAACCUCCAGGAAAGACCAGCUUGGCCAACGUGCCGAUGCCAGCCCUGCCCCCCAGGACUGUGAGAGAGUAAAGCUGCACUCUGAUUUGCCAAGUUUGUGGUUAUUGCUACAGCAGUGGUGGGGAACUUGUGCGAGUACCUGACCCCCGGCAAGCGUCUGCUGUUUGACGCGUCCACUCACCCAGACCUUCCUAGGCUAACGUGAGGUGAGGUGGCUGCAGACCCUGUCCGCAAGGAACUUGUAGAGCUCUAAGUAACCCCGAGUAAGAACAGGGAGCUCCCAGGGAACGGGCCAGCUCCUCCCUCAGCUCCAUGUAGGGUAGACGCUGGGGCCCAUGGAGACAGACAGGAAGAGCUAAGUUCCCACCCAAUCCCUGCAGUACGGGGAAGGACCAGGCUGCUGCCUGGAGUUCGCAGGAAUAUUACCAAAUGCUGGAGCCUCCAUCCAAUCUCUCUGUGGCCUCAAGGAUCCAGCAGGGACCCUCCCAGAACCUCUGCCUCCAAAGAGCUCUGGAUAGGACACAAGAGAGUGUCACAGGACAGGAGAAGCAGCCAUCCAGGUGAUAGGGUGGGUAUGAGGGCACAGGGCAGUGGGGGCUGGCUGGGACAGGUGGAGAGGUCUUCUGGGCAGAGACAUAGCCUGGCUUUGAAAAAGCUAGCAGUUGGUCAAGCAAAAAUAGGGAAAGAGCAUUGUCUUAGUCAGGGUUUCUAUUCCUGCACAAACAUUGUGACCACAAAGCAAGUUGGGGAGGAAAGGGUUUAUUCAGCUUACACUUCCUGAUUGCUGUUCAUCACCAAAGGAAGUCAGGACUGGAACUCAAGCAGGGCAGGAAGCAGGAGCUGAUGCAGAAGCCAUGGAGGGAUGCUGCUUACUGGCUUGCUUCCCCUGGCUGCUCAGCUUGCUCCCUUAUAGAACCCAGGACCACCAGCCCAGGGACAGCACCACCCACAAUGGACCCUCCCACCCUUGAUCACUAAUUGAGAAAAUGCCCUCACAGCUGGAUCUCAUGGAGGCAUUUCCUCAAGGGAGGCUCCUUCCUCUGUGAUGACUCCAGCUUGUGUCAAAUUGACACACAAACCAGGCAGUACAGGCAUAGUCCAGAAAGAAGCACCAAGUUAGAUGCAGAACAGCGUUCCCAAGUUAGGAGGGAAGAGUUGGAGGAGAGGCAAGCAGAUCACAGAGGCAGGGGUUGGAGGAGAAAAGACCGGUUGUGUGACUUCCAUGCCCACCAACAAACAGAGCUCACAGAGCCGAAGGGCAUUCUGGGGCUCCAGGGAGCCCCCCUGAAUGCACCGAGCAUGGUUCUGUGGUGGGAACUGGUACUUUGCAGGCACCACUAGGCAGCCAGAUUGUGCUGGGUUUGGAUUUCGGCAGAUAGACUGUCAUGGUUCUGGGAGGCUGAGGGCAUCAGCCAGCCUGUGGGGAAUGGGCUGAGGGGUGGAAGGAAGCAAGUCUGGGUGGUACGUAGUCAGCUUCCCUCACGGUGACAUAAUACCUGGAAAUGUCAGCAUAACAGAGAACGUUUGUCUCCACUCACAGCUUUAGAGGUUGUGGGUUAGGGACAGCACAGAGCAUCUUGGCAGCGGUGCAUGGUGCAGGAGGAGGAGCAAAGGCAGACAGGGUCCCAAUAUGUCCUCUAAGGGCACGCCUCCAUGACCUAACCUCCUAAACAUCCUACCACCUCCCAGGAGCAUCAUGGGCUGGUCAAGCCUGUGCUCUGCGGGCCUCUGGGGGACACUGCAGAUCCAAACACUAGGAGGCAGUGGGGGAGUGACAUCAGAACGGGGAAAAGAUGAUGCUGUGGGAACGUCCGAACCAGCGUGCAACAGAAUACAAGGGUGUCCUCAAACAUCCCGGCAGGAGAGCUGUCCCAGGGGUGACAAAGACAAGCAUGGCACUGGGGCAGGGCUGGGGUAGGGGGGAUGAAGGAUAGUGAAGGAGAUAAGGAAUAAAGACUCAAAGAAUUGCACAGGUGGAGGUGGAUGGCCCCCCAGAUCUGUCAUCAGGGAAGACCCUGCAAGGCCUGAGGAAGAAGAGAGCCGAGGGUCAAGGUCAGUGUCCAGGGAUGGGGAAGGCACAAUGGUCAGUCAUUCAGGAUGCAUGGGAGAUGGGGGAUAGGUAUCUGUCACAUCUGCACAGAAGGGGUUAGUGGUCACAGAACAGUCCAAACAGUGUGAUGGUUUGUAUAUGCUCUGCCCAGGGAGCAGCACUAUUAGAAGGUGUGGUCUUGUUGGAGUAGGUGUGGCAGCGUGGGCAUGGGCUUUAAGACCCUCAUCCUAGCCGCCCGGAAGUCAGUAUUCUGCUAGCAGCCUUCAGAUGAAAAUGUUGAACUCUCAACUCCUGCACCAGGUCUGCCUGGAUGCUGGUUCCCGCCUUGAUGUUAACCUCAACCUGUAAGCCAGCCCCCAGGUAAAUGUUGUCCUUAUAAGAGUUACCUUGGUCAUGGUGUCUGUUCACAGCAGCAAAACCCUAAGACACACAGUUUCACACAGUCACUGAAAAGUAGCCCAGUGUUCCUGGAACCUGGCCAUGGAUCCAUCAGGCUAGGUCCCCAGAACCUUGGUGAUCACUCUAUGGCCAUUUCCCUAGCUUAAUGUUUUCCUGGAGAUGUAAUGUGGUCUGGACAUUCCAGUGAAUCCAGCCUGCUUGUGUGUCUACGUUGAACCCCAGGGAUUUAGACAAUGCUUUUGAAUUUGUUGCUGAAAUCCCACCUAAGAGUGGAGAGCUCCAGUUUGUAUAAACAGUGUGUUUGUCCAGUCAGCAGGUGGUCUAGCCUCUGGCCACUAUUAUUGGCACUGAGAACUCUGCAAGAGUGAACAAGAGGGGGGCAUUCCAGGUGCCCUCAGGAUGAUCCUCAGGGGCUCCCUGGGUCAAAGAUACCUUGUGGCAGUAUACUGAGUGGCAGUAUACUGAGAACAGUGUCUUCCCACAAAUGUCACACAUACCUGGCUGCUUCAGGAGACUGAAUUUGCCAUCUCUGAUAUAGUUCAGUGCCUUGAUUUAUAGUCUAGGGUGCUGGACCAGUGUGCCUGCCUGGAAUGGGUGGAAUGAGUCCGAUGAGGACCACAGCAUCCUGUGAGCAAUGUGGGAUUGAGAGUUAUCUUGUAUCCUCUUGACUCCCUGGUGGGGUCUGUUACUUUAUGUCAACUUCCAAGGGAGGAGAUCCAGGAACCUGGCACAUGUCUCAAGGGCAGGGGCUGAAUGUGCCUGCUGGUCUGACUUCCAUGCCGGUGUGAGUUCCAGGCCCCAGACUAAGGCUCUGAAGCAAAGGCAGGAGGUGGCAAGACUAGGGGGCAGGCCAUUGACACAGCACCAGUGUCUCCUCCAAUGCAGAGACCAGAACACAAACGUAUUUUUAAUGCCCAGGUGUGUGUACACUUGUGUGAGUGUAUGUGCAUAUACGUGGGUUGUCAUGUGUGCACAAGUAUACGUGCGUGUGCACAGGUACAUGUGGAUUCAAGAGAUCAAACUCGCCAUCUCUUUUGAGAAAGGUCCUCUCGUUAACCUGGAACUCAACAGUUAGGGUAGGCUGGUUGGCCAGGGAUGCCCAAGCAUCCUCCUCUUUCUGCCUACUCAGUGCUUGCAUCACAAGUUCGGGCCCAGGCAUGGCAGUUUUACAUGGGUGCUGGGCUUAACCUCAGGUCCUGGUGCUAGCCAGUCAAGCACUUGACUGAGGUAGUCCUCUGGCCCUGAACACCCUUCCUUCUCAACUUGCACAAAUGGAACCAAUGGCUGAUAGAACACUUCCUGGAGUUUACCAAAAGCCUUCCAACCUUAAAGAGGGAGCUGGCAUGUGGACCUUGAAAACCCUGCUCACAGACCUGCAGGUCUUGGUAGACACAAGAAACCCUGUAAGGCAGACACCUGAUUUAUGGGGCCACAUAAAAGGCCUGGAGUCCGGCUCUGCAGUGGGGUGGCAGUGGCAGAGCCACACAGGAAGGCUGCUGUGUUCCUCUGUCCAGCUGCAGGCGAGAGGCUGGCCUCGGUUCAGAACAAGUGCUGGAGAAGAAAGAACUAUUUUCAGCUCCCGUAGGUCUGGUGACUGGCUCUGCUGGCACAUUUCACUUAGGACUGGGCUCAGUCACACUUGGGCUACCAACACCGAUGUGAACAGGGGUCCCCCACAUCUCACAGGAACUCCCACUUUCUCCCUUAGAGGGGCCGAGUCCAGAGGUACAGCUUUCCCCUCGGGGUCCUGCCACCUUCUGGACCUGCUUACGUUUGGUCCUCUGAACAGAUAAGGAGAUAGGCUCUCGGUCACAAAGAACAACCCUCACCCUAUACAUAAUGGGACUGACCAGGGCUAAGCCCCCUCCAAAUCCUAGCCCUGGAGGGCGCCUCCAUGUUGCAAUGGCCAAGACAGCUUCUUGUCUUCUGUAGAUGAAUUAUUUGGUGGGAAAGUCCCCCCUCAGACCCCCUCCACACCACUCCCGUGGUGUCCCCCAGAGGCCUAGGGACCAGACUGAGGCUAUGCUGAUGCCUUGGUUACAAUUCAGCUGGUCUCUGAACACCUUAGUUCCUUCCCACCAAUAGAACUGCUGUUCCCUUUAUAGCCUGGGUCUAGUCACCCUAACAAGGAAGGCAUUUCAUCUUCAAUAAGCCACUGAACAAUAGUGAACGUAAGAAUAGGAGAUGUCUCCAGUAUGGCCACAGUGAGAGGGGGAAUGACGAGGCCAGUGAUUAUCCACAGGAAGGGGUAGAAUAUCUAAGCAGCUCUGGUCAGGGGGUGGCCCUUCCUAUCACUGUCUCAGCUCCAGUCUCUCUGUUAAGGUGGCCUGACAAGCUGUCAGAGCUGUGUGACGUCUUUCUGGGAGGCAAAUCCUCCUCUGACUAGCACCAGGCUUCAGCCUUUUCCUUGCCUUGCAGGAAUCCAUGAAGGGGUGAAGCCACAGUUUAGGAGUGUCCCGGCACACAAGCUCGUGCAGUUGUCUCAGUUUCAGAUCACAGCACCAAACUUUUGAGUGUUUUUCUGGCCAGUGAUGGUGGGCGGGAGAGCCUUGCUCCUCAGCCUUCUGUGAUAGCCAUUCCUGUUGCUCCCUCAGUUCAGAGAGAGUGGUCUUCUCACUUGGCAUUUGGCAAUGGGAAAUGAGCCCAUGCCAUGGAAGGUUCAAGGUCACAGAACUCCAUGUUUUUCUGUUACAGCCAACAUGGAAACCUUGUAUUAAGAUGGUUCAUCCCUGGGUUCGGUUCCCAGCUCCGGAAAAAAAAAAAAAAAAAAAAAAAAAAAAAAAAAAAAAAAAAAAAAAAAAAGAAAAGGAAGAUGGUUCGUAAAGAUCUGGCCAGGCAAUGGUGGUACACGCCUUUAAUCCAAGCACUUGGGAGGCAGGGGCAGGCUGAUCUCUAGGAGUUCCAGGCAAGCUCUUACCAGAGCCGGGCUCUUAGAUAACCCAACCUCCAGGACUGUACAAAACGAAGUGUCUUGGAGCAGUGAGGUUGCUCAGUGCUGAAAAAGCCAUUUGCCACCAAAACUGAUGACCUGUGUUUGAUCCUAGGACCCCUACAGAGUGGAAGGGGAAAAAUGACUUUUGCAAGUUGUUCUCACAUCCGUGUGUGUCUAUUUGAAAAAGACAAAUAUCUUUUACAUUUUAUAUACUUUUCUUUGUAAAUGUCUCAGUCUUGACAGCUUGGCUAUAGUCACAGGAAACAUAUUUAAUUAUGUUUAUUACAGUGAACUUAAAUUCCAAACACCAGGUCAUCUUCUACUGUUUAAAUUUUGAGGCACCCUCAGAUUGGCCUUAAACUUGGGACUCAGCUCCUACCUCCUGAGCGGGUAUGGUUGAAGUCUCGCGGCUUCUGAUUGAGAGUUACACAGCACUCUUAUAUGGAGUCAGGGUGUUAUAAGGUCAAUCUGCAUCCUGGGCCUCUGUGCAUACAGCAGCACCGGGAGCAACCCACCCUCUAGAAUACACACACACACACACACAGUACACAUGUAUGCACGCCCUCAUGCACAUACACAAAUGAGUGAGACAUUAAAUAAAUAAUGGGCUGGAGAGGUGGCUCAGCGGUUAAGAGCACUGACUGCUCUUCCAGAGGUCCUGAGUUCAAUUCCCAGCAACCACAUGGUGGCUCCCAACCAUCUGUAAUGGGAUCUGCUGCCCUCUUCUGGCAUGAAGGUAUAUAAGCAGAUGCAGAUGCAGACAGAUGUACAUAAAUCUUUAAACAAAAUGCAUUGUUCAUCGUGAUUUAUCUUGAUUCCUGGUACCCCUUACAAAUUUUGUGUGCCAGACAAGUGACUCUGCUAACCCCAACUCCAUCGUGAGAGGAAUGUUGAUGAGGCACUCACCUGCCUCUCCAGGAGAGCAGCAGAUUAGUGUGUGCACACUUCCCUCGGAUUGGAUACCAGCCACAGCACUAAGGAAAACAAACAAUGCUCACCUGAACACAACGAAUCCUGUGCUUUCUUUUUCUUUCUUUUUCUUUCGGAGCUGGGGACCGAACCCAGGGCCUUGUGCUUGCUAGGCAAGCGCUCUACCGCUGAGCUAAAUCCCCAACCCAAGAAUCCUGUGCUUUAAGCUCCAAACUGCCCUCUGAGCCUGUCUAUGAGUGUGCUAGGAUGCGACCAGCCUGGGGUUCUCAGGGACACGUAGGUCCA